AUGGAACAGAAUCAGAGGCUGACCUCUGACCUCCGAGAUGUCGAGGAGAGAGAGAACAACCUGAAACAAGAAAUACAAAGAUUGCAAUUACAAUUUAAUCAACGAAGAACAAGAAUGCAGGCCCAUUUUGACCAAGUUGAGUCUGUCAGCUUGUUACUGGAGAGGGAGGAGUUGACCUGCUCCCUUGAAUACAGUUCACAAACUAUACAAGACCUGGAGAGAAGACAAAGAGAACAAGAAGCUCUCAUCAGAUUAUCUCUUCAAUCAGAACUAGACAUGUCCGGCACUGAAAGUGAAAAGAGUUUACGUAAACAGUUUGAAGCAAUAAAUGAAUUGGAAGAGUAUGAGUUUGACGGAGACGACAAUCAACAAUUUCAGGAUGAAGGGAGUUGUGUUUACACACUAAGUGAAGAAAUAUUAUCAGCAUAUUCCCAGCUGAAGAACAUGUGCAUUCUUAUCAGGGAAAGAGAAAAGGAUCGAAUUCCAGCAGUUUAUUCUGAGUCAUUGGAACAUAGUUCUCACAGUGACACUGUACAGAGCUUACAGAUUGGACAGUUAAAAUGUAUUGUCAUAGAAAUCAAAUCCCUUCUUCAUGAUAUUCUCAGGAUGGAGAGUAAAGAUGUAUGUUCCGCAUGUACAGGAGAAGAUGUAAGAUUAAGACUGGAGCAAGAACUUCAUUCAGCGGAACUUCAGGUUGAGUGUAAAACUAGAGAACUCCAGGUUUCAGAGACAACACAGAGAACUCAGAGGGGAGAGUUGUUAGACCUCAGGAGUAAGUUGACGUUACUUGAAGCCAGACUGAAAGCUGUAAACGAGGAGAGGGAAGCAUUAAAGUCUGAUUUAAUAAAUCUGACCCAGACAAGGGAGCAGAUAAUCCUUAGAAGCUGGGAAACCAGAAGUUUUGAAAUGAGAAUCUACAAAUGUGGAAAGCUGAAACACGUGUCAUCCAACCUUUACAAAUACAACAAAGCGUCUGAUCAGUGGGAAAGGCCAGUGAACAGCUGUUAGAGGCAGUACAGCAGAAGGUACAGAUAGCAGAACAAUUGGAACAAUGGGAGUCAGAUAUACAUACAGUUAUAGAAUCUAGACUUGAAGAGAGCAAGAUGUCAUCAGCUAAACAUUGCCAUAGUUCUGUUCAAAGAACUCUUUCAAAGCAUACAAAUAACAAGCUAGUGGGCCUCUUUCAGAGGUCAUAAUCAUACAAAAACAAGCUAGUGAGCCUUUUCAGAGGUCAUAAUCGUUCAAAUAACGAGCUAGUGAGCCUCUUUCAGGGGUUAUAAUCAUACAAAUAACAAGGUGAUGAGCCUUUUUCAGGGGUUAUAUUCAUACAAAUAACAAGGUGAUUAGCCUCUUUCAGAGGUCAUCAUUAAUACAAAUAGCAAGGGAAUUAGCCUCUGUCAGAGGUCAUAAUCAUAAAAAUAACAAGGUCAUUAGCCUCUUUUAGGGGGCAAAUCAUACAAAUACCAAGGUAAUUAGCCUCUGUCAGAGGUCAUAAUCAUACAAAUAACAAGGUAAUUAGCAUCUUUCAGGGGUUAUAAUCAUACACAUAAUAAAGUCAUUAGCCUCUUUUAGGGGUCAUAAUCAUACAAAUAACAGGGUCAUUAGCCUCUUUCAGGGGUCAUACUCAUACAAAUAACAAGGUCAUUAGCCUCUUUCAGGGGUCAUAAUCAUACAAAUAACAAUAUUAUCAGCCUCUUUCAGAGGUCAUAAUCAUACAAAUACCAAGGUCAUUAGCCUCUUUCAGGGGUCAUAAUCAUACAAUAGCAAGGUAAUUAGCCUUUUUCAGUGUUCAUAAUCAUACAUAUAACAAGGUCAUUAGCCUCUUUCAGGGGUCAUAAUCAUACAAAUAGCAAGGUAAUUAGCCUUUUUCAGAGUUCAUAAUCAUUCAAAUACCAAGGUCAUUAGCCUCUUUCAGGGGUCAUAAUCAUACAAGUAACAAGGUAAUUAGCCUUUUUCAGAGGUCAUAUUCAUACAAUUAACAAGGGAACUAGCCUCUUUCAGAGUUCAUAAUAAUACAAAUAACAAGGGAAUUAGCCUCUUUCAGAGUUCAUAAUCAUACAAAUACCAAGGUAAUUAGCCUCUUUCAGAGUUCAUAAUCUUACAAAUACCAAGGUCAUUAGCCUCUUUCAGAGUUCAUAAUCAUACAAAUAACAAGGUAAUUAACCUUUUUCAGAGGUCAUAAUCAUACAAAGAACAAGGGAAUUGGCCUUUUUCAGAGUUCAUAAUCAUACAAAUAACAAGGUCAUUAGCCUCUUUCAGGGGUCGUAAUCAUACAAAUAACAAGAUUAUCAAUCUCUUCCAGAGAUCAUAAUCAAAAUUUCACAGAUAUCUUAGAUUUUUUUUGCCGAAAAAUAUACAAAGAUUAUUCUGAAACUACAAAAAAUAUUUGAAUAUGUCAUUAAAGUUAUGAUUAUAUUAUCCUGUUCUUCGUGAACACUUUUUCUAACAAUUAUUCUAAUUGUGAUAUACAUUGGCUGUGAUACAAUUUGUGUAAUUAAAUCAGGAAAUAAAUUUUAAAAAUUAUAA